UUGAAAUUUACUCGGAUAAAUAAAGUAAACACACACUCAUGGGCCCAACUCAGGACCUCGUUACAGAGCAUCUAUAGAACCGAUAAACCCAUCCACUUUACUUUACAGCUGAAGAUUUUUAUUGAUCUCCAUUUCUUAAUUCCAGUUUCGUAUGUACAAAGCUCAAUUAUUGACCAAGGUACGAGAACAAACACGAACGGGAAGUUUGCUUUUGGGACCUCUCUCUCUUUAUAGCUCACUAAUGGAGGAAAAUACGAUCGGCCCUGAUGAAAUGAACAGCGUAGCCUACUUGAGCAAGAAGAGGAAAAUCCAAGCCGAACUUCUCGAAAUGCCUCUAGCAAAACACGUCUGCUGGAAUAAUCAAGCAAAAAGCAACACAUUUUCAUCAAGAGGUGAAGUGAUUUUUGAAAAGGUAAAUGUAGCUAAUAGUCCCGAUACUGCCAUGUCAUACGCAGAAUCGAGCUCUUCUACUCCAGUUGGUAAUUUGGAAGGUAACCCUUUUGAGAUCAACUCAAAUGGUCCAGUAAUUAGUUACUCUCAAAUAGAAUCUGUUCGUAAAGAUCUCCACCAACUUUAUCGUGAUUAUGGGCUGAACCUUUCUGAUAUCUACGAGGAUUAUCUGCUCGAAUUUGAGAAUCACAAUGCAUAUUAUAACUCUUCAGAGGAUCAUGAAACUGUUAAGGAUGUUGACGAAGUUCAUGAUUAUGCUGUUUCUCCCGAAAGCCAGUUGGUUAAUCAAGAUGCUCGGCAGGGAAGCAAGCCGAAAACAAUCGAUCAGGAGUUUGAAGAAUACUUUUCAAUGCUUAUGAUGUAAAACCUAACAUUUUGUGUACAACACAAGUUUGAUUAAUAAUGUUCACUCUAGUCUCGAGUGAUGUACAGUCUCCUCUUUGAUCUUGUAAUACUUAUGAGGUGAAAUUGUACUUCUGUAGUUCUGUAUCAAUUUUAUGAAAUAAAGAAGUGAAUAUUUUGAAA